AUGUCCAGAGUCGAAGUCCCCGCGCCGGCGAGCGGCUAUAGCGUUGAAAGCUUCGAUGCGAGCUCUACCACGCAGUCGGAGGUUGUGGAAUCUUUGAUCAGGAAUGGAGGUUGUUUUCUCCGAGGAAUGAUAGACCAGCAGAGUAUUGAUGCAAUGCUCAAUGACGUUCAACCUUACAUCGACGCAGAUGUACCAUGGGAAGGCGACUUCUUCCCAAAAGAGACUCGCCGAGUAAACGGGCUACCAGCAAAGUCACCCCUAUAUACAGAAAUGGUCCUUGGUCAUCCUCUGUUCACCGCAGUCAGUAAUGACCUUCUCACCACAAGAACGAGCACAUGGAUUGGUGAUAAGCAAGAACACUAUGUCUCACCGCCUUACUUGAACUCAACGUCUGUACUGGCGAUCGGACCGGGAGCUCGAGCGCAACAACUCCACCGUGACGAUAGCCUACACCACACCAAACUCCCCAAGAUCACCUCUGAUCAGUACACCAAGGAUCGCGAUACGGCACUCGGAAUAUUCCUCGCUGCGUCCAAAGCAACAGUGGCUAACGGAGCGACGAGAUUUAUCCCGGGCUCGCAUUUGGACGCCUCAGAUUAUGGACCUGGUGAUGAAAGUAAGGUUGUCUACGCCGAGAUGGAGCCCGGCGACGCGUUCCUGAUGCUCGCGAGUUGUUUUCAUGGAGGCUCUGCAAAUACAACGACAGACCAACCACGAAAGCUAUUCGGAUCCUUUAUGUGCCGUGGCUAUCUCCGUCAGGAGGAGAAUCAAUUCCUCGCCAAUCCGAUAGAGGAGGUCAAGAAAAUGCCGGAGAGCAUCCAGAGAAUGAUUGGAUAUUCUGUCUCGAGUCCGUACUGCGGGUGGGUGGACUUGAAAGAUCCAAUAUGCUUUGUAAGGGAUGUAAAAAGUGGAUACAAGGAUCUUUGAUAGUGCAUACCGCAAGGAAGUUAUCAUGGUGGGAAUCGUACCAUGGUGGGGUGACUACUGUUUUCUGUGGUUUCCACGUUUUCACAUCAUUCUCAAUCAUGUACAGUCUGGCAGAUUCAUGCGCAGCAAGCGCUCCCAAAAAACACGGCCUAAAUUCCCGAGAAGGACCGAGUAUGUCUAAAGCUGCCACUCCUCUCUUUUUGUAAGGAAUAGGCAUACUUUUCCCUCUCCAC